CGUUUCUUUCUCAUUAUUAAGUAAUCAGUUGUUUGAGGUCGGCACGAAGUAAAUGACGAAAUGCCACGCACGGAAGAUAAGUCUCCGCAUUGCGCUGUAACGAAAUACAUCUUAAUAUUUUUAUUGACAUUCGGAAAAGUAAAUGGGACUUUUAAAAAGAAUCCAUUUUUGCCACCCGCACCACAGCAGCCAGUGUACUAUCAUCCGGCACCUGCACCACCACCAAGAGUAUAUCAUCCAGCGCCAGCUCCACCGCCGGUGAUUUAUCAUCCAGCACCAGCACCGCCGCCAGUUGUUUACCAUCCAGCGCCAGCCCCUCCACCGAGGCCACCACCACCACCACCGCAGCCACAAAUCAUUAUAGUACCGGUACAAACGUAUCCAGCACGUCCACCAACUCAAACUGUUCAUCCUGCUCCGCCACCCCAUCCACCACCUCGACCGGUGCAUCCAGCUCCACCGCCACGUCCAGUACAUCCCCCUCCACAGCCGCCACGUCCAGUACAUCCAUCACCUGUCUAUGUCCAGCCAGCUCAGCCACCUAAAGUUAUUCAACCGACUUUGGUUAUACAACCUAUUGUAGUUAAGCCUGCUCCUGGUGGUAGCGGUGGCGGCGGCUAUGGUAAAGGAGGUAAAGGCUGUAACUGUCAUGGAUAGCACAAAAAAAUCAAUGUUUCGAGGAAUAAACUUUGAAACUGGUUUGAUUUUUCAAAUGGUAAUUGUCAAACAUUUAAUGUAAAACCUUUUCCUAUAUUGGAAUAAAUUAUAAUUUUAAUUGUGAUUAUUAAAAAACUAAGAAAUCGAUUCGGCUCUCUUCCUACGUGUCAGAGUCUGCAAUGUGUCAUGGCCUUAUGGAAUGAAUUAAAACUCAAAGAUAUUAAAA